AUGGUGGAGGCAGGCCGGCUCAUCGUGUCUGCUGCUCCGGGCAUCCCGGUGAUAGGCGAUGGCGACACGGGGUACGGCAACGCUGUCAACGUGCGGCGCACCGUGCGCGGAUACAGGCAGGCUGGCAUGGCGGGGAUUAUCAUCGAAGACCAGGUGAGGGAAAAGGGGGUUAAAGGGUGGGGGAAAGUGGGGGGAGUGGCGGGAGAGGGAUGGGGGGAAGAGGGUGUGGAGGGCAGGGGGAGGAGGGGAAUGGCUUGUAGAGGGAGGUGGAGAUGCCCGCACAUACAGGUAUCAACUAAGGUAAGUGAGGGGUGGGGGAGGGUGUGCUGUGCCCCGGGCAUCCCGGUGAUAGGCGAUGGCGACACGGGGCAUGGCCCAAGGCGUGUGGGCACACAGCAGGGCGCAGGGUGGUGGGGGGUCCCUGUCCCUGCAUGGCCCAAGGCGUGUGGGCACACAGCAGGGCGCAGGGUGGUGGGGCGGGACGAGGCAGUGAUGCGAAUCCGAGCAGCAGCAGACGAGCGGGACGAGGGGCAGGGAGACAUCGUCAUCGUUGCACGGUCGGAUGCGUGUCAGGCUGUGUCACUGGACGAGGCGCUGUGGCGGGCAGCAGCGUUUGCCGACGCGGGGGCAGACAUGGUGUUUAUCGACGCGCUGGGGUCGGAAGAGGAUAUGCGCGCGUUUGUGCGCGCCGUACCAAACACACCCAAGCUGAUCAAUCAGUUGGAGGGCGGUGGUCGAACGCCCAUCCUCUCACCUCAGCAGCUGGAGGACAUGGGCUUUGCCAUUGCCGUCUAUCCUCUCUCCCUCGUGGGCGUCUGCACUCGGGCCAUGCAGGACGCGCUGUCAGCAUUGGCCUCCGGUCGACUACCCCGCCCUUCUCUCCUCCCUCCCUUUGAAGAACUCAAGGAGGCUGUUGGUUUCCCGGAGUACCUUGCUCUUGAGGAGCGGUACAAAACGGUGGAGGACGAUGAUGGGAGUAGCUGGAGCACCGUGGCGGGCAUUGAUCUGGCAGGACUGGUGGAGCGAGCAGCAGCGCGGGCGCAGUCAGAGGGGGGAGGCAAGGGGGAUGACGAGGUGGUGGUGGUGGAUUUCAAAGACAAGACCACGGGCGACCGCGUGCGCAUCCUGCUUGAAUGA